CGUGCCCGAGAGAUUUGCGUUAGUGGGUGGGUGAAGACAAUAGUCGCGGCAUUAAAAGCCGCGAAGUUCUGAUAGCCCAAUUUCAUUGAUUUAGUGGCAAAUGAAUGUUGUGGAUUAACUCUUGAAUGCCCCUAGGCUAUGACGAAGUUACAAUGAUAUAAAAUUCUUCUAUAAUGGAUUUAGCAAUAAAGAUAUGGAUAUUACUUGACAUAUUCAUAAUAAUGCCUUCAAUUCAUGGGGCAAUAAUGCCUCCUCCAUGGGCCGACCCAGACCUGAACCCAUGCGCAAAUAGACCUGGUGGAUGGCAACUUCUAUUUUGGCCUCCUGAUGGACAAUGUUACAAAAUAUUCCAAAUCGGCUACCCGUGCCCAGAUGGAAUGGAACUCACUCCAGCUAGAAGUAAAAUAGGAAAGGAAUUGUAUGCAGAAUGCCGCUGUCCGCCAAAACAAGCCCUUUCACUUACAGAUGGCAAAUGCUAUCAAUUAUUUACUAAAGGAUCCUGUUCGGAAGGAUUUUAUUUUGGGCCUGAUAGAAUACACAAAAAUAACAUUACAACAUCCAAUCAACAAUUAGGAAGCUGCAAAAUAAUUCCGAAAUGUGCAAGUUCAAACUCCAUUCAUUGGAUUAACGAUGGGAAAUGCUACCAAAAAUUGACCAAAGGACCUUGCUCGAAAGGACAACUUUUAACUGUCGAUGAGAACAAAAUACCGCUGUGCACCUGCAAUAAGCAAAAAGAAAUGCGAAUGUUCCAUGCAGGAAACAAUCGAUGUUAUCAACAUUUUACCAAAGGGCCUUGUAGGGAAAUGGGACAUUUAUUUUUGCCUGAUCAAAGCUGUGGUUGUUACAGUGCUCUACCUCACUAUCAUUGGAAUACAAAGAAGUGUUUCGAGUUAGGUACUAUAGGUCCAUGUUCAAAAGGAGAAAUGUUUACGAUUCUCCCGCAAACCAGUCUUGGAGGAUGCGUUUGUAAACAGGGGUAUAUUCGGCAUCAAAACAAUACCUCAUGCCAUCGACCAUUCACACGAGGACCUUGUAAACCUGAUCAUAUUCUAGUCAAUUCUACCUCGUGUUUGCUUCAGCCGUGCGUUCGAGGUGAACUAUUCUUUCCACAACAUAGCAAAUGUUAUAAAAUUGGAUCUCGGGGGCCCUGCGACGUCGGCAAAAUAUUGUCUUUCGAUUUUGAAACGCGACCAUCAAUCGAUGGGCUCUCAUAUAAUGGAGUGUGCAUAUGCCAGCAUCCAAAUUGCGAAAUUCGAGAAGAUGAUAUAGAGUGUGAUAGAAGUAAAGGGUUGCUGAAGCAUGGUAAUAAGUGCUUUAAAAUAUAUUCUCAAGGACCCUGUGCAAAAGGUGCUUGGCUUGCGCCUCAGCGAGAAGGAAAGGAACCAGGAACCGAUAAAAAAGAUGCCAUAUGUGAAUGUAUGCCAGGAACUGUUGAACGUGUUGAAAAGAAAGAUAACUCUGUCAUCAUUGAAUGUUUAUCGCAAGCACCAUUAAUCGCUGAAUUAUUUAAUAAAAACUACACGCAAUCUCACUAGACUGUAAAUGCAUCUGUUUUAAAUACAAAAGUACCUGUGAUUUUCUAUCAUUUAAGGGCUCAAUUAGAAAUAAAUAGAUAAUUAA